AUGGAAGCUGCUUUUUCCGAUGAAACGGACGAAAUAUUGAAGAAACUGCUCAAGAAUCGAGGUUUUCAGGACAUUUGGAUAAAACGGGUUGAAAAGGCUAAACGGUUGAUAGACGAAGAGAAUAUCGAUCAAUUCGGAAAUGAAGCAGAACAAAAUACAAGUGAUAAACUGGUCCUUGCUUUGAAUGAUCUCACGUCAGCUUUACAAGUUUCGAUAGAAACAUUUCGGAAAAGUGCCGAUUUGGCGUUCGGUCACUGUUUGCCUGUGGUAAAUCGUGAUGCAUCCGACGCUUAUCCUAUAAAGUUUCAAGUUGAAAGACUGAUUACAUCAUCACAACUUGAUGUCGAAAAGUUUUGUCUAGUGACUCGUCGACUAUUACAACUGCUCAAAAGUUUUAAUCGACGGCUUUCCACACCACCACAACUUGCAAACUUGACCCAAUUUGCUGGCACAAUAUGUGAUCUGAUGUAUCAAUUAGAAAAGUGGUUAACUAAAAAUCUUAACGAUUGCUCCAAUCGAAUCGAGGCUUUGCAAGAUUUCCGAGAAGCGAUCGAUCUUUUCAAUUGCACUAUUGUCGGAGAACUGGAAAUGAAUUUUCUGGAGUUGAAGCUGUCUGAACAGGAUAAGAAACGGUCCAAAUCAGCUCAUACAAGUCCAUUGACUCGAGCUUCGAUAAAAAAAUAUCGUCCACCAUGGGAGUGUGAGAAAGAAAACAAAUACAGAGAAGGUGGUGGCUCAUGGAUUCCAUCGAAAGAACUGCAAAAGAUGCGAACAUUACUGAAGCCACGACAGGCCUACAGCGAACCAAAGCCAAAACAAACUAGAUUUCCAAUGCGUACUAUAAUCCCUCAAACGGGACAACGAUGUGGAAAGCCCAAAACAACUCCGAAGCUUCUAGAAGAAAAAUGGAAACCGAUUUUCCGUGCUUCUGAAGCUUUUCAAGGAUCGCUGGGGACGACGAUGGAGUGCAAAAUAAAUUUCAAAUUAAUCCAAGAAAUCACCAAAGAAGUGAUCGAAAAGUUGAAUGAUCGCAAC